AUGGCUCCGCCACCUGCGGUGCCGGAAGCGGACCACCAGGACGACGACGACGGCAUCCCGGAAGGGACCGGGGUAGACCUGAGAGUGGCGGUACGUAGGCUCAAGGCCAGGAAUACCGCCCCAGGACCCGAUGGCUUGCCUGGCAAAGUCUGGGUCCUGGCCUCGGAGGCUCUCGGGCCCCGACUGGAGGGGCUCCUAAGCGCAUUGCUGGAGAGAGGCCAAUUCCCGCUUCGUUGGAAGACGGGGAAGCUGGUCCUCAUUCGGAAGCCGGGGCGCCCUGCGGACUCUCCGUCCGCAUACCGGCCCGUGGUGCUGCUCGACGAGGUGAGCAAGCUCUUUGAAAGAGUCAUUGCAAACUGCCUCGCCGAGCACCUUGCGGGGACGGGGCCGGAUCUUGCGGAACACCAGUUUGGUUUCCGCAAGAGGCGCUCUACGGUGGACGCCAUCAUGCGCGUGAGAGCCCUCACGACGGGGGAUGCAGUGGCCAGGGGGGGGGGUUGUUUUGGCGGUGUCUCUCGACAUCGCCAACUCCAUGCCCUGGAGCUGCAUUAG